AUGGCUGAGGAAGAAAAGAUCGAGCAAGUGCUCAAAAUUUCUGUGUACACGCCAUUGGCGUACGUGGCCGUGAUGGUGACUGCCUUCACCAUUUUCUCUGUGCUCUACAGGCGUCAUAGGCUCCGCAAGCUUAUUGGAAUCGAGCCGCUAUUCGGCCCUAAUCAUACCUUGGAUUUGUACGUUAUGAUCAAAGACAAGUUUUAUGAUAACCUGUUACCUAAAGACGAAAAACCCCCCGAGAAAGCCGUGAAGGCUGCGUUGUUGAGACGUGCCGUGGAGGCCAUCCGCCGGUCGUUGAAACUAAAGGAGAACGAGGGCGUAUUCAAUAGGUUGUAUCAGAACGGGCUUAUCGGGGAAGACACAUUCCAGCAAUUCACCAUGCAGAACAAAGUGCAGCAGGCCGAGUUGACUGAAAUCGUCGGGGAGUGCCAGCAGUUCAGCAAGGAAUGGCCUGCAACAUUUUUCCCCGUGGCCCAGGAGAUUUGCUACAAUGAGGCUUUGAGAAGACGCCUCAAUGCUAUGGACAGCCGCUCGGAGAGCUUGUCGACGAUGUGGAACUACUACGUGGAGAAAUCAGAGGAGGCCCCUAAGGGAAUUAAAUAA